AUGUGGUUUCCCAAAGAGGAAAUUAAGGUGGUGAAGAAUAUGAAGAUGAAGUUCUUUUUCUUUUAUGCCAUUGCAGCUGCACUUCUAGUUGUAGCCAACUUUGGAAUGAUGCACACAAGAGGGCAAAGCGUUUCGUGCCUAAACCAGCUUGCUCCAUGCCUAAAUUACCUGAAUGGAACCAAAGAAGUGCCUCAAGAUCUCGAGGAUCUACUAACUCGGACCGAAGCUCCUCCACUGGCAACAUCUUUUCUCAGUCCUAUUGGAUGA